CCAGAUGAGCAGCGAACAGCAGACGUGACGUGAAGUGUAAUUUUGUGCAAUUAUUACGCACACAUAUUUCAUUUUCAUAAAUUUUUUAAUUAAUAAUUACAAAACGGCUUGUGCUAAGUUAACGAAAAACCCAUUUAUUAGAAACAACGAACUUUUGUGAGUGAUAAAUCUUAAACUUCCUUAGUAAAAUGUCUGAGAACAAACAAAAUGACAAAAAGGAAUUGGAUGAGCUGCUUGACAAUGCCCUGCAAGAUUUCGAUAAGAAAAGUUCAUCUGCUAGUACGGUAGAUGCAGAUAAUAGUUUGACCACAAAUGGAUCAGCCGCCGGUAGUGCCGCAGAUGCCGGAACUGCAGCCGAUCCAGAUGCAUUUUUUAUUGAACAGGCAAAUGUAUUAGCUGAACGCAUGCAGACACUUUUUGGUGGUCCCAACACCCCGAGUGGUGAGUUACCACCAAUGCCGCAAGAUCCGGAUCAAAUUUUAGCCGGCUUCAAGAAAAUGGCCGAGGCAGCGGCUAUGACCUUACAAGGGGAAAAUCCAGCAACUGAUGAAGAUGUGGCCAAAUAUUCAGAUAGCAUAGCACAAGCUCUAAAGGGCUUACAAGAAGGUUCAGAAAAUCUCAGCGCACCUGUUUCGGAGAAUGAUGUUGCUAACAUGUUUAGCGGACUUAAUUUAGAAAAUCCCGGUGAAGGUGACAAUAACAUGUUCCUGCCAUUUAUGGAAGGCAUGAUGCAAAGUUUGCUGAGUGCUGAGAUCUUGUUACCAAGCAUAAAGGAGUUGGUGGAAAAGUAUCCAAAAUACUUUGAACAACAUGGCGACAAAAUUAGUGCAGAAGAUAGGGAACGAUAUGAGAAACAAUUGGAGCUCUAUAAAGUCCUUGAGAAACAAUUGGAAGCAGAGAAACCAGACGAUUCUGCAACAGUUAAGCGUGAAAAGUUCAAGGCUGUAUUAGAUCAUAUGCGCAGAUUGCAAGAAUUCGGAAACCCGCCUCAAGAAAUUUUGGCCGAAACAGCUGGUGAUCUCCCUAUGUUAGACCCCAACUUAGCUGGUGCAGCAGGUGCUGGAGCGAAUCCCCAGUGUCCUAUGAUGUAAUCUGUAGAUUACAGUGUAUACAUUGAGUUGAAAACACAUUUUAGAAUGUGACAAGGUAGCAACUCUGAUAUCUAAUAUUAGUAUUUAGAAAUUUGUUUUACAAUAUCAUUUUAGUUAUCGUUUUUUGCGCAAAGACAUAAUUCUUUGUAUUCUAUGUUCAUUUCAUAUUAAUUUGUUGAAAUCAUUUUGGGUGUGUAAUAUGAAAUACCACAACAUUUGUUUUAAUGUUUUUGAAUGAAAAAUUAACUCGUAAUUAAUAAACAAAAAAAGUUUUGAUAACAAAGAAA